AUGGAUCUCCAUCACAUCGCUGCCUUCUUCGUAGUGCUUGUGUUUGUACUGAAAAUGCCCUGUUUUCAGACGCUUGCUGUUUUUCCGCCCGCCUCCAAGAGCAGCAAGGUAACCAAACUGUUCGAUGGUCAAGAAGCGUCCAGGUAUUUCAAAGAGUUUUACAUGCCGCCCUCCGCUGAGAGACACGGCAAAGCAAGUCCUAAAGAUUUAGUAGAGCCUCACGACUACAUGCUGUCUAUUUAUAAGACCUUCUCUACGGCAGAGAAAUUAGGACUCAACGCAAGUUUCUAUCGCUCAUCAAAGGCUGCAAACACUAUCGCCAGUUUUGUGGACAAUGGACAAGAUGACCUCCCACUCUCUCCUUUGAGAAGACAGCAGUAUCUGUUUGACGUCUCAACCCUCUCAGACAGAGCCGAGGUGCUGGGGGCUGAGCUCAGGAUAUACACCAAAGUGUCUGGGAAUUUGAGAAUAUCAGAAACAGAGCCCAUCGACAUCCAGCUUCUCUCCUGCCACGAUCAGCAGCUGCUCGACUCGAAAACACUGGAUCUCCAGGAUUCCCACAGGCCCAAAUGGGAGGUGUUGGAUGUGUGGGAAAUAUUCAGAGACCGGCAGCAUCUGACCCAGGGGUCUCGGUUUUGCCUGGAGCUCAGAGCCACGCUGGACAACCCCGAGAGGGAGCUGGACCUGCACCUCCUGGGCCUGCACAGGCACGGGAGGCCUCAACAGAAGAAGGCCAUCUUGGUGGUGUUCACUAGGUCCAAAAAAAGGCAGACCCUCUUCAGUGAGAGGAGAGAGGGCAUGGCAUUGCUGGGCCUGGAAAGGAGGUCUAAAGAAAGGGGGGGGCGCACCAAAGCCAGCAGGAGACGGAGGACGACGGCGUUGAAGAACCGCCACGGGAAGCGGCACGGCAGGAAGUCCAAGACGAGGUGCAGCAAGAAACCGCUGCACGUCAAUUUCAGAGAGCUGGGCUGGGACGACUGGAUCAUCGCCCCUCUGGAUUAUGAGGCAUACCACUGUGAGGGUGUAUGCGACUUCCCCCUGCGGUCCCACCUGGAGCCCACCAACCACGCCAUCAUCCAGACACUGAUGAACUCCAUGAACCCCAGUAACAUGCCCCCGAGCUGCUGCGCCCCGACCAAACUCAGCCCCAUCAGCAUCCUCUACAUCGACUCAGGAAACAAUGUGGUCUAUAAACAGUAUGAGGACAUGGUGGUGGAGUCUUGCGGUUGUAGGUAG